AUCUCCAUCCAUAAUAGUGCAUACAGCUCAGCAGCCUCCACCCACUAAGAGGGUAAAGAAAACAAUCCGUAUCCGAGACCCUAACCAGGAUGGCAAGGAUAUCACAGAGGAGAUCAUGUCAGGAGUAGGCAUUAGCCAGAACACAAGCCCACCAGUGGGACGUCCCUGCACUACCCCUACUGCUCCACAGCUGAACAGCCAGGUAGCAGAGCAGGGGAAUGUCAUGUAUAACGUGGACAGUGCUCAGGUCCUUCCUGCUCCUGUGGACUUGAAACCAGAUGACGAGCCAAAGCUUGAGUGUGCAAUGCUGAAGUCUUCAUCACCAGCACUACGGCCAGUCGAGCCUCCUGUGCAGAGACGAGAGCCCGGCAGUCCUGCUUUUGCUCCUGCCCCUGUCUCUGCACAUGGACCCGUCCCAGCUCCAGCUCCCACUCCUGCCCCCACCCCAGACUCUUAUCCCCCUGAGAAAUCAGAGCUUCCUCCGCAGAUGUUUAACCAGCUGAUGAAGCAGGUGAUGGACCUCACCAUCGACACGGAGGAGCGCCUCAAAGGCGUGGUUGACCUGGUUUUUGAAAAAGCCAUCGAUGAGCCCAGCUUCUCUAUGGCCUAUGGCAAUAUGUGCAGCUGCCUGGCUAUGUUAAAAGUGCCCAUGGCAGACAAGCCCACCAGCACUUUGAGUUUCCAAAAGCUGCUGCUGAACCGCUGUCAGAAGGAGUUUGAGAAGGACAAGGUCAAGGAUGAUGUUUUGGAGAAGCUGCGGCACCAGCUGGAAGCGGCCACUUCAGCCAGCGAGCGGGAGAGGCUGGAGGAGGAUCUGGAGGAGGCGAAGGACAAGGCCCACAGGAGGUCCAUCGGUAACAUCAAGUUCAUCGGGGAGCUGUUCAAGCUGCACAUGCUGUCGGAGGCCAUCAUGCACGACUGUGUGGUCAAGCUGUUCAUGAACCACAGCGAGGAGAGCCUGGAGCGUCUGUGCCACCUCCUCACAGCCAUCGGCAAAGACCUGGACUUGGAGAAGGCCAGGCCAAAAAUGGAUCACUACUUUAAAUAUAUAGAAAAGACAGUGAAGGAGAGGAGGGGUUCCUCACGCAUUCGGUUCCUGCUCCAGGACGUCAUCGACCUGCGACUGCAUAACUGGGUGUCGCAGCGAGCUGACCACGGGCCCAAGACCAUUGAACAGAUCCAUCAGUAGGCCAAACUUGAGGAGCAGAGGAAGGUGCACCAGCAGCUGCUGUCCAAACACAACAAGAGGCAAAGGUGUGGCCCUCAAAUCUGUGAUAGCCUUUUUCACCUGGCUGUGUGAGGCCGAGGACAAGUCCAAGGACAAGUGACAAUUGCUAAAACACAAUAUAAUAAUUCAAAACAAUA